UCUCUUUUGUGUUGGCAUUUGUGCAACAAAUAUUUUGCAGACGCCGAGUAAACAAGUGAAAAUUUACGGACAAUUUUAAUAAAUUUUAUAAUAAUUCAUGAAAAAAUAUUAAAUAACUAUAAAUUAAAAUGCCGAACAAUGUAAAAGUACCGCUAGAAUGGAAAAGACGUGUUAAAAAAGAAUAUAUUAAAAUAAGACAACAGAAACGCUACAAAAGAGCAGAUGAGAUAAAGGAAGCGUGGAUUAAAAAUUGGGAUGAGCACAACUACAAUGUACAGGACUUGUAUUGUGAGCCUAAGGUUUGGCAGGUCCAACCCUAUGAUCCCCCUCAUGUGGAUUGUGUCAAACGAGCGGAAGUGACUAUGUAUAAUGGCUCUGGUUCACAGCAGGUGCCUAUAUGUGUUAUCAAUGCCGUAACGCCCAUACCCACCAUGUAUACCUGGGCGCCCACUCAACAGAAUUUUAUGGUGGAGGAUGAAACUGUUUUACACAAUAUUCCUUAUAUGGGUGAUGAAGUUCUCGAUAAAGAUGGCAAAUUUAUUGAGGAAUUAAUUAAGAAUUAUGAUGGCAAGGUUCAUGGUGAUAAAGAUCCUUCAUUUAUGGAUGAUGCCAUAUUUGUGGAAUUGGUACAUGCUUUGAUGCGUAAUUAUCCCAAAGAAAUUGAGGAGAUUACAGGAGUGCCUUUGAAAAUUGAGGCUUUGAAGGAGGAUAAUGAUGUAAAGGCUAAGGUUAGCAAGGAAGAUAAGAGAAAAAAAGAUAGUGUAGAUGUGGAUGAAAAAGAUAAAGAGAAAAAAUCGGAAGAUUUAAAAUCGGAGAAUAAGGUGUCUGAUGAAGAGUCUAAAGAAGAGGACAAAAAGUCGGAAAAAUUGCAAGACAAAAACGAUGAAAAGUCAGAGGACGCUAAAGAAGUGAAAACUGAAGAAAAAACGGAGGAAGAAAAACUAGAUCCGGUUAAGGAAAAAAUGCCUUUUCCACCUCCAAUUAUAUUCCAAGCUAUAAGCUCCAAUUUCCCCGAUAAGGGAACGCCACAAGAAUUAAAAGAAAAAUACAUAGAACUUACCGAACAUCAGGAUCCGGAACGUCCUCAAGAAUGCACACCCAAUAUAGAUGGUGAAAAGGCCGAAAGUGUUUCACGUGAAAGAACUUUACAUUCUUUUCACACCCUCUUCUGUAGACGUUGUUUCAAAUAUGAUUGCUUUUUGCAUCGUCAUCCAACUCACGGUCUACAAGUUGGACAUGCUGGUCCUAACUUACAAAAACGUCGUUUUCCAGAAAUUAAACCAUUUACAGAACCCUGCAGUAAUAAUUGUUAUAUGCUGUUGGAUGGUAUGAAAGAAAAACUGGCCGCGGAUAGUAAAACUCCUCCUAUUGAUUCUUGUAACGAGGCCAGUUCAGAGGAUAGUAAUGAUAGUAACAGCCAAUUUAGCAACAAAGAGUUUAACAAUGAUCAAACAAAGGAAAAUGGAACUGUAACCAGCGCAGCUGCGGCGGAAAUAAGUUCUAUAAUGGCUGGAAUGAUGAAUACAUCAAAUGCCAAGUGUGAUUGGACUGGAGCUGAUCAGUCGCUCUUUCGCACCUUACAUAAAGUGUUUUUGAAAAAUUACUGUGCCAUAGCACAGACCAUGUUAACGAAAACCUGCCAACAGGUUUAUGAAUUUGCCCAAAAAGAGGCUGCCGAAUUUUGUAUUGAAGAAUUGCGUCAGGAUUAUACACCACCACGCAAGAAGAAGAAGAAGCAACGUUUAUGGUCUUUACAUUGUCGCAAGAUACAAUUGAAAAAGGAUUCCACUUCGAAUCAUGUCUACAAUUAUACACCUUGUGAUCAUCCCGGUCCUUGCGAUAUGAAUUGUUCUUGCAUACAAACACAAAACUUUUGUGAAAAAUUCUGCAACUGUAGCAGUGAUUGCCAGAAUCGUUUUCCAGGCUGUCGUUGCAAGGCUCAAUGUAAUACUAAACAGUGUCCCUGUUAUUUGGCCGUACGUGAAUGUGAUCCGGAUUUGUGUCAAGCUUGUGGAGCGGAUCAAUUUAUUACUAAAAUUACUUGCAAAAAUGUUUGUGUACAACGGGGUCUACAUAAAACAUUACUAAUGGCUCCCUCAGAUGUAGCCGGUUGGGGUAUAUUCCUUAAGGAGGGUGCACAAAAGAAUGAAUUCAUUUCGGAAUAUUGCGGUGAAAUUAUAUCGCAAGAUGAAGCCGAUCGUCGUGGCAAAGUGUAUGAUAAGUACAUGUGCUCUUUCCUUUUCAAUUUGAAUAAUGAUUUUGUGGUGGAUGCUACGCGUAAGGGGAAUAAAAUACGUUUUGCCAAUCAUUCCAUCAAUCCCAAUUGCUAUGCUAAAGUAAUGAUGGUGACAGGCGAUCAUCGUAUUGGUAUUUUCGCUAAACGUGCUAUACAACCGGGAGAAGAACUAUUCUUUGACUAUAGAUAUGGUCCUACGGAACAAUUGAAAUUUGUGGGCAUUGAACGUGAAAUGGAAAUUGUUUAAUUUUUUU